AUGGGUGUCAUUAAGGUUUCUCAAUCUUUCAAAACACAAGUCACGCCAGAUAGGAUGUUCAAGGCCUUGAUCCUUGAUUCACACAACCUUUGCCCACAGCUCAUGUUCUCAUCAAUCAAGAGUAUUGAAUAUCUUCAAGGAAAUGGCGAUGCUGGAAGCAUCAAACAGAUGAACUUCACCGACGCUAGUCCUUUUAGAUAUGUGAAGCAUAGAAUUGAUGAUCUUGACAAGGAGAAGUGGACAUUUAAGUUCACUAUGAUUGAAGGGGAUGCACUUAUGGACAAGCUGGAAAAAAUCACUUAUGAAGUGAAGUUUGAACCAUAUGGGUAUGGAGGAUGUGUGUGUAAGAUUUCAAGUGAAUACCAUACAAAAGAGAAUGUGGAGAUCAAAGAGGAAGAUAUUGAGUUUGGAAAAGAUAGGGCUAUAGGCAUGUAUGAAGUUGUGGAAGCCUAUCUUUUGGCACACCCUCGUGCAUAUACUUGA